CAACAUUCAACAUUCGAGAUGGCUUCAGGAAAGAGAACCGUCCUUAUUACGGGCUGUACGCCUGGAGGCAUUGGCCAUGCUCUGGCCUUGGAGUUCCAUCGCAAAGGGUGCCAUGUUAUUGCUACAGCACGUAACACCGAUGUGCUCAAGGGGCUGGCAGAGAUGGGGAUGAGCGCCGUCCAGCUGGAUGUCACCAACGGGGACAGCAUCAAGGCUUGCAAGGCCGAGGUUGCCAACAUCACCGGUGGUAAACUGGACAUUCUCGUCAACAAUGCUGGCCGGACUCACACCAUUCCAGCCCUGGACAUUGAGAUAGAUGACGUCCGGCAGACGUAUGAGACCAACGUCUUCGGCCCCAUGUUCACAACCCAGGCAUUUGCCGAGCUCCUCAUUGCUGCGCGAGGCCUGGUCGUCAACAUCUCCUCCCUCAGCUCCAUCAGCGGCUACAUCUUCGGCUCCGUCUAUGCCUCCACCAAGGGAGCCAUCAACAGCUACUCGCGCGUGCUGCGAAUGGAGCUCAAGCCAUUCAACGUCCGCGUCAUGGUCGCCAUGGCCGGUACCGUGCGGUCUCAGAUUGCCAGCCACCCGCACCGCUCGCUGCCCAGCACGUCGCUCUACAUGCCCAUCAACGACUACUUCCAGCGCCGUCUAGUCUUCAGCCAGAACAACGCCACGGUGCCUACCGAGGUAUUUGCCAAGAAGCUCGUGGCCUCGGCGCUCAAGGGAGAGGGUUAUCUUGGGGGCUUGAUUGGAGGUUCACCGGAUUGGUUUUGGGCGGGAGGAUUUUCCACGCAAGUUUGGCUGCUCUCAAUGUUGCCAGCCUGGGUUUCCGAGGGAAUGAUGAACAUCUUCUUUGGAGUUGCUGCGUUGAAGAAGCGUCUUACCGCGCCAAAGCAAACUUGA